UAUUCGGGGUCUCUCUCCCUCAUACCUCAGUGUCGUCUAUCCUCAUCAUCAAUACGGUGCUGAUCACCACAGGUCGCUGCAAUACCACAACCAAGAUGGCUGUGAUACCGCAACUCAUCGUCGCAUCUCUCUUGUUAUGCAACUUCCGGUUCGCGUGGGGGGCGGCGCGCGCUGACCUGACGCAGGAGCUGCUUGCCAUCCUCCGCUCGCCGCAGGACUACAACAAGGACGUCAUGCCCACCAACUCCUCCGGCCCAGUCAAUACUGAAAUUCAGUUGUACUUCCGGGAUAUCAAAGUGAACGACUUAACGCAGGUGCUGACGGUGGACAUGUAUUUCAGGAUGAAGUGGCAUGACCCACGCAUACCAUUUACACGGACGACCAGUCCCUCCAUAAUGUCGGACGACUGGGCGCUGCUGAGCGACGUGUACGCUGCCUGGAUACCCGACGUCUUCUUCCCCCAAGGCUCCAACACGCGACGCGAGAAGACCGUCAAGGCGCAGACCUUCAUCAGAGUGUAUCAAAGCGCUCCGAACAUGAUGUACAGCACGCGCUUGACUGUCGACUUCGCUUGCCCAAUGAACUUCCAGGGCUACCCACACGACACCCAAACGUGUGGCCUCAACCUUGAGAGCUAUGCCUUCACAGCGGAUGAAAUGAAUCUGAAUUUUGACACAACGCCAGGAGCCAUCAGUUUCACGCCAGUAGGGUAUCGUAAUUUCUUCAUAAAUGGCUUUACAACUGACCGAUGUGAUGCGAAGACCUCAACGGGAACGUACAGCUGCAUCAAGGUCAACCUCGAAGUGAAGCGUGCCAGUUCCCCUUACUUGUGCAGCAUCUACAUCCCCAUUGUCAGCCUCGUCAUCUUGGCCUUUCUCAGCGAAUUCAUCCCAAGGACGGAGUUUGUUGCCAAACUCUUGCUUGUCACCGUCAGCUUCUUGGCGAUCCUUCAUGGCUCGCAAAACUUCGCUACCUCUGCACCUGUUGUGGCGUACACCAAGGCCAUCGAUGUCUUCCUCGGCUUCUCGCUGGCUGCGGUUUUCUUGCAGCUGCUCAAGGUUCUUCUGUGCAACUACUCUGUGACUUGCUCUGUCACGCAGAAGUCCGCUAUCGUGGACACGGAGGACGGCACUCCCGGUCAGUGGAUGCCGCGGGCGCGCGCCUAUCUUGGCUACGGCAUCCUCGCGACGUACGGCCUGUUCCUGCUCUGCUACUGCGGCUACGUCUCAUCCUUCUGAGCUCAGCGGUUAUACGUCUCAUCCAUCUGAGCUCAGCGGUUAUACGUCUCAUCCUUCUGAGCUCAGCGGUUAUACGUCUCAUCCUUCUGAGCUCGGUGGUUAUGAAAUGCGCGUUAGGCAAGUUUAGCCUGAAAUUUAAGAUUGAAUCUUGUUGAGUUUGAAUCAAUAAUUGAAUGAAGAAUGGUAAUGAUUUAAGUAAAUUAUGAAUGAAUCGAUGAAGAAUAGAUAAGUAAGUAAUUUGGACCAUUAAUUUAUUAGCCAAUACUUAUUUCUGAUUUUAUACAUAACGGAGAUGCUGUAACGAGUUAUUUCUUUGGGAAUGAAAACUGGUAACCUUUAUAAUACAAGGCAUUUUAAGGGUCGAAAAUUUAUCGAGGCAAAACUUAAACUUUUUAUAAACUACGGAGUCUAUGGAUAAUUAAAGGGGUGGUAAAUAUGCAUCUAUUGAAAUAAGUUGCUAACGUAAAGUAAUUUAUUUCGCAUGCAUAAAAAUUUUAUAUAUCAAGUUGUUUUUA